CCCCAGGGAGAGCGACGGAGUCCCCAGCACCUCUUCAGACCUCGCCACACCCUUGACGGAGCCAAGAUGAGGGCCUCCGUCCGCAUGACCCGAUACCUGGAGUCCUGGGGGGCAGCCAAGCCCUUUGCGCACCUGCACCACAGAGACAGCAUGACCACAGAGAACGGCAAGAUCAGCACCACGGAUGUACCAAUGGGUCAGCAUAAUUUUCAAAAUCGCACCUUAAGAACUAAAUCACAAAAGAAAAGAUUUGAAGAAGAAUUGAAUGAAAGGAUGAUUCAAGCAAUUGAUGGAAUCAAUGCACAAAAGCAAUGGCUCAAGUCUGAAGACAUUCAGAGAAUCUCACUGCUUUUCUAUAACAAAAUACUAGAAAAAGAAUACAGAGCCACUGCCCUGCCAGCGUUCAAGUACUAUGUGACCUGCGCUUGUCUCAUAUUCUUCUGCAUCUUUAUUGUGCAGAUUCUUGUAUUGCCAAAAACGCCCGUCCUCGGGAUUUCCUUUGGAGCUGCGUUCCUCUUGCUCGCCUUUAUCCUUUUCGUCUGCUUUGCUGGACAGCUUUUGCAAUGCAGCAAAAAAGCCUCUGCCUCCCUCAUGUGGCUUUUGAAGUCCUCAGGCAUCAUCGCCAACCGGCCCUGGCCACGGAUCUCCCUCACGGUCAUCACCACAGCCAUCAUAUUAACCAUGGCCGUGUUCAACAUGUUUUUCCUGAGUGACUCAGAGGAAACAAUCCCUCCAACAGCCAAUACAUCAAACACAAGUUUUUCUGCCUCAUAUAAUCAAGCAGCGAUUCUACAUGCGCAAAAUUUGUUUUUCCUCCCGUACUUUAUAUACAGCUGCAUCCUGGGGCUGAUAUCCUGUUCAGUGUUCUUGCGGGUGAACUACGAGUUGAAAAUGUUGAUCAUGAUGGUGGCGUUGGUGGGUUACAACACCAUCCUGCUCCACACCCACGCCCAUGUCCUGGAUGAGUACAGCCAGGUCUUGUUCGAGAGACCAGGCAUUUGGAAAGACCUAAAGACCAUGGGCUCCGUGUCUCUCUCUAUAUUCUUCAUCACGCUGCUUGUUCUGGGUAGACAGAAUGAAUAUUACUGUAGGUUAGACUUCUUAUGGAAGAACAAGUUCAAAAAAGAGCGGGAGGAGAUAGAAACCAUGGAGAACCUGAACCGUGUGCUGCUGGAGAACGUGCUUCCGGCGCACGUGGCCGAGCACUUCCUGGCCAGGAGCCUGAAGAAUGAGGAAUUGUACCACCAGUCCUACGAAUGCGUCUGUGUCAUGUUUGCCUCCAUUCCGGAUUUCAAAGAAUUUUAUACGGAAUCAGAUGUGAAUAAGGAAGGCUUGGAAUGCCUUCGGCUCUUGAACGAGAUCAUCGCCGACUUUGAUGACCUGCUGUCCAAGCCGAAAUUCAGUGGAGUUGAAAAGAUCAAGACCAUCGGCAGCACAUACAUGGCAGCGACGGGGCUGAGCGCUGUGCCCAGCCAGGAGCACGCCCAGGAGCCUGAGCGGCAGUACAUGCACAUCGGCACCAUGGUGGAGUUUGCUUACGCCCUGGUGGCCAAGCUGGAUGCCAUCAACAAACACUCCUUCAACGACUUCAAGUUGCGCGUGGGUAUUAACCAUGGACCUGUAAUAGCUGGUGUAAUUGGAGCUCAGAAGCCGCAAUAUGACAUCUGGGGCAACACCGUCAAUGUGGCCAGUAGGAUGGACAGCACCGGGGUCUUGGACAAAAUACAGGUGACUGAGGAAACAAGCCUCAUCCUGCAGACGCUAGGAUACACAUGCACAUGUCGAGGAAUAAUCAAUGUGAAAGGAAAGGGGGACCUGAAGACGUACUUUGUAAACACAGAAAUGUCAAGGUCCCUAUCCCAGAGCAAUGUGGCGUCCUGAAGAGUCACGCUCAUUUUGGGAAGACUGUAUUUUCGGGAAGGUACCACAGACUUUCUGACUGCAACUUUCGCCCCUCGUUUUUGAUGUGCGUGCUCUGUUCUGUCCCAUGGAGCCGUUGCAGACUAGUUCCUGUGACCCGGUGGCAUCACCGUGUGGUGUCUGACGUGUGCCCAGAUUGUUCUGCCACUUGCACUGUGUUUACUCCUAAGCAAAAGAAAAAAAGGAGCGCGCAUUAUACAGGAAAAGCAUUCAGAGAACUAAGGAAGAGGAGAGAGGUGAAACAAAUAAAAAUUCUUAAGGCAAUAAAACUAGGGGGUGUAUAUUAUCUUCUGGUGCAUGUUCUUUUCCAGAAAAUAUGGUAGCUCGCCAACCGCAUCCGCUAGUCUGAUAUUCAAACACACAGUAUUUGUGAAAAAGUUCAUUCUGUCACCCCACGUGGAGUCUGUGCUCACCCCUGUAUCUCAUUGCCGGUGGCCAUCCACGGGUCCCCGCUGGGACCUGUGGUGCUUGUCCCUUGCUCUGUUGUGUCCCAUGCCAGCAGCACGUUGCCAUCAUCACCAGACUUAGUCCUCAUAGCCUAGGACCAGUUUUGUACCAAACUCGUCUGAUGUUUUGAUGCCAUUUGUCUUUUGUAAAGUUAAUUCAUUAAAAGUUUUAUGUACUUUGG